AUGCGCUCGCCCUCGCCGGGCCUCCUCGCCAUCGCCGACGCCCUCCGAGCCCACUCGGCCUCGUCGUCGUCGCCGAGCCCUUCGCCGAUGCCGUCCCCGCUCCCCUGCAACUUGUUUGUGCUUGUGUGUAGGAUUCAACUAAUAACUGUAUCCCUUUCUCGAGACACAAAUACUGACCACUACAUCUUCCCCCUUUGUGUUUUAUUGGCUACACCUACUAGUGAUAGCAUCCCACUUGAAGGGCAUUCUCCGAUAUCUCGAUUCAGUCGUGCCUGUCUGCUUACGUCAUUCACUGAGUUUGCUAGUAAAGACCACACCAAAGCCACAUUCACAAUUCCAGAUGUCAAGAAUAUAGCAACCUCCCGAGCUUGCAACCUCAGCAUUAUCCUUAUCCGCUACGGUAUGAUGGGAUCCGCCGGUUUUGACACCGACACUGGGGACCAUGUGGAAGCAUCUGCUCUCCGAAGUAAGUUUCUUGAAGGGAAAUGUUUCUGGGGUAAAAUACCAAUUAAUUUACUUGGUUCGUCAUUGGAGAAUUGCGUGACUUUAAAUUUGGGACAUACUGUGGAGUCGGCUUCUACUGUUACUAUGAACCCAAGCUUCUUAGAGCCAAAAUUUCUGGAGCGGGACAGUUGCUUGACAUGUUUCACUCAUAAGGUUGAUGCUACAGGGUCAUAUCAACUCCAAGUUGGCAUAUCCGUUCAAGAUGUUGGUGCAAGAGACAUGCCUAAAUCUCCGUAUAAUAGUUACUCAUACAGUGAUGUCCCACCUUCAUCAUUACCUCAUAUUAUAAGGUUAAGAGCUGGUAAUGUGAUUUUCAACUCGAAGUACUACAACAAUACUAUGCAAAAGACCGAAGUCACCGAAGAUUUUGCUUGCGCCUUUUGCUUUGUAAAGUGUGGAAGCUACAAGCUUCCAGUUGCUGGAACUAUCUGGUAUGGGUCAGCAAUGACCCCAAUCGAAUUAUUUGGGCCUAAUCGUUAUCAGUGGGAUCAGGGAUAUUUUCAGCAAGAAAUAUAUCGAAGAGACAUCCCAUCUUUAGAGAUAAAGAAGGACGUGAGCUUUUUGUACGCCAUGUGA